AAAAAAAACUUCAACCACUUGAACAACAACAACAAGAAGAUCAUGAAGAUGAUGAUAACCAGUUUGAUUCGAUCGAAAACAAGACAGACACUCCCGAGCUCAUUGCAAACACUCGCUGGCUACUCCCCCCAUCCUUCAUCAUCAUCAUCAUCGUCUUCAUCGUCUCCAUCGUCAUCUUUCACCCACAACUCUAACCAUCGGACAUUCAGCUCAACUCGAGAUGUGAGAUUUGGAGCGAGUUCAGUGGACCAAGACCGACAUCCACGAGCACGACGAUUGCCGGUCUACGAGCCGCCGCCUCCGUUCCCGGAGCCGGGCGACAUAGCGGGCCAACAAGCGUACCGGGAGCCUGGGAUCAGUGUAGCGCCAUUAGAGGAGCCGCUGUUAGAGUACAUGAUCGGCCUGUUGAUGCGCCAGGGCAAACGGACGAUCGCCCAGAAACAUGUGGUCACCCUGCUGGGCCAACUGCGUCUGGUCACCGGCCAGGAGCCGUUCCCCUUGCUCGUCAAGGCCGUCCAACUCGCCGCUCCCAUCGUCGUCACCCGCAACGAACAGAAACGCAUCAAGGUCACCACCGUACCCGUCCCCCUUAACGAAACUCAGAGCGCUAGGAAGGCUAUCCUUUGGAUCGUCAAACACUCCGAACGUAGACCGGGCAAAAAGUUCGGCGACCGUUUGGCCAUGGAAGUCAUCGCCGUCCUCAAUGGAAACUCAGAAGUCCUUAAACUCAAAGCAGAACAACAUCGACUAGCGUACGUGAACCGAGCAAACCUUCGAACGAGAGCCACUCGAGCUUAAACGAAAACCCGAACCGAGUUACAGAUCGAUCUUGAGAUACCAUAGUGCAAUGUAUUAGUCAUCCGGCUUCCGAUCACUAGUAGAUGAUCAAAAAAAUCAAAUAAUAUAUCGUUGAGGCAAUCUCAUCAGUCCUUGCUCAUCCAAUUCUACCAAACGCCGUCAGGUCCAAGAAUGCCCAUGAAGGCUUGUUUCUGUCUUUUCAAAAAAAAAAGGGGAGGGGGGUUUAUAAUAGUGUAGCAGCUAGAGCUCUGAGACUGCAAUGAUCUCUAGCUUGACUAAGCCUCUCUCGAUCGGAGGGUCCGGUGUAUCCAUAGAGUCCGCCCAAUCCCACCACCAAUACCCAUUUG